AUGCACAGAACUUACUCAUUGAGAAACAGCAGAGCCCCAACUGCUUCGCAGAUCAAUUCCCCUGCUCCACCACCUUCGAGCACCAAGCAGAACCGUUUCUUCGGCAAGGGUUCACUAAGCAACACGUUGCGAAGACAGACCGCCGGUUCUUUUGGACCAGAGCUUUCAAAGAAGUUGGCUCAGCUGGUCAAGAUGGAGAAGAACGUCAUGCGAGCCAUCGAAUCAUCCUCUUACGAGCGUAAAGCCGUCGCUAAGCAGCUUUCCCUAUGGGGUGCUGAGAACGACGACGAUGUCAGUGACAUUACCGACAAGUUGGGUGUUUUGAUCUACGAAAUCGGAGAAUUGGACGACCAAUUCAUCGACAGAUACGAUCAAUACCGAAUCACACUCAAGGGAAUCCGUGACAUCGAGGGAUCCGUCCAGCCUUCUAGAGACCGUAAACUCAAGAUCACCGACCAAAUUGCCUACUUGAAGUAUAAGGACCCUCAAUCCCCAAAGAUUGUCGUCUUGGAGCAGGAGUUGGUGCGUGCUGAAGCCGAAUCGCUGGUUGCUGAGGCCCAGUUGUCCAAUAUCACCAGAGAGAAGCUGAAGGCUGCCUUCAACUACCAUUUUGACUCAACUAGAGAGCAUUCUGAGAAAUUGGCCCUGAUUGCCGGCUACGGUAAGGCUUUGUUAGAGCUUUUGGAUGACUCCCCAGUCACUCCAGGUGAAACUAGACCUGCCUACGACGGAUACGAAUCCUCUAAGCAAAUCAUCAUUGACGCUGAGAACGCUCUUGCCUCAUGGACUUUGGAAGGUGCUGCUGUCAGACCAACUCUUUCCAUCAGACAUGUCGAGGGAGAAUACGACGACGAGGAUGUUGAGGGUCUCAAUGAGGACACCGAUAACCUUCACCUCACUGAGGAGGAAUGGCAAAAGGAGCAACAGGUUCAGAACGCCUAA